AUGCUAAUGCAAGGCAAAAUAACAAAUUACCAUAUCUAAAAAGUUCUAAAAAUGGACACUUCUCCUAGUUCCAUACCUUAAUAUUACAUACGGAUGAAGAAUGUAUAAAGUGUUGUUGCAAAUCUAUUCAUUUCAAAGACUUCAGCUUACUGCUUGUUAAAAUACGACAAUAACAACUAGGGUAUCAUCUGGGUCUAUAAACCGUUGUGUAUUGACAUAUGUGAAAUUUGGAAGUUAACAUAUGUUUCUUAAAUAGGAAAAUUGUAAUAAACUAGUUAAACAAGUAAUUUUUAUGAAGUGAUGAUACUUGAGGGAUUUAGAUAAACUGCAGAUCUUCUAGUUGAGAAGUUGUUUGAUCAAACAUUAUGUAUUGCUGAUGCUGAUUAAUAAGAUGUCAUCCAGUUAAUUGCUGUUGAUGAUCUAAGCAAUAGACAGAGAGAUACAUUGUUCCAUCUCAUGAAGGAUUUAUCUAUUACAUCCAAGUUUAGAUUGGUUGUAUAAAAAUUGACUAACCUAUGUAUAAUACUAGCUUUGCUGCAUGUAGAUUUAAUUAGUUAGAGGAUAUAAAUUUUGGUGCCAUCAUAAGUUAAAGCAUAAGCGAAGAAACUAAUAGUCUCCUAUAUGCUUGCUAAUGGGUACUUCUUUCAUUUGAUAAAAAAAUAGACCUCUGAAAUUUGCAAUAACUCUGGCUACAUGAUCCCCAUAUAACUUCAAGAAGGUAAGUCGCUAUGA